AACUAUUUACUUACUAAAAACUAUUUACGAACAAAAGACUGUUUACAUACAAAAAACUAUUUACAUACAAAAAACUAUUUACAUACAAAAAACUAUUUACAUACAAAAAACUAUUUACAUACUAAAACAAUUUACAUACUAAAAAAUAUUUAUAUACAAAAGACUGCUUACAUAAAAAACUAUUUACAUACAAAAAACUAUUUACAUACAAAAAACUAUUUACAUACUAAAACAAUUUACAUACAAAAGACUGCAUACAUACAAAAAACUAUUUACACACUAAAAACUAUUUACAUACAAAAAGCUAUUUACAUACUAAAACAAUUUACAUACAAAAAACUAUUUACAUACAAAAAACUAUUUACAUACUAA